AUACGUUCUUCAACUACCAUGUCAUGCUCUCACCCAUACAGGGAUUACCAACUUUUGAGGAGGCCAAAAGACAAAGAUGCUUCAGCAGCUUUGCUAACCUACAUGUGUAUCAUUUCUAUAUUCGUUUUAGUAUCAUACUGUUGUGCUGAAACGCAAACAAUAAAAUAAUUUCAAGACAAUGAAAAUAAACAUGACCCAAUGUUUUCAGUGGUUUGCUGUGUGCGUUAAAGUUGUAUUUGAUGAGUUCAUGACCUGAUUAUUUGUCUCUGUGCGCUGAAACUAUCCUAUCUCAUUCCUGAUCUCUGCCCUCUCCUUCUGCCCUCCUACACUAUCACUCACACUUCCUGAAACCACUUCCCCAGGAAGCCGCUGCAGAGUACAGACCCUUUAGAAGAGGAGAGGAGGGCGCAGGAAAGAACGAGAAGAACAAGAGCGAGAGUGCGGGGCAGACUGAGAGAGAAGGAACAAACAGGAGAACGAGAGAGUGAGAGGAGAGAGAGUAUGGGUCUGCGUGUGUGUGUGUGAAACUGUGUGUUUUCUUGCAACGCACACAGUACCUUUUGCCCUGUUGUUAAUUCAAUACUUAGAGAGUCAAAUUUCACACUCAAAAGUGUGAGUUAUUAGCCCUGCUCUCUCCAAGUGUUGAAGUAACACUGCAUGACUUGACUGUGAGAGAGAGAGAGAGAGAGAGAGAGAGAGAGAGAGAGAGAGAGAGAAGAAGCAGCAGCAGCAGCAGCCACAGCGGGGGCAGCAGUACCAGCAGCAUGGCAGACGUGUUGCUGCUGAGGGAGCAGGACGACUCGUUCUUCUGCCCCAUCUGCCUGGAGCUGCUGCGGGACCCGGUGGCCAUCCCCUGCGGACACAACUACUGCAUGGACUGCAUCCGCAGCUACUGGGACCAGGACGAGCAGCGCGGCUGCUACAGCUGCCCCCAGUGCCGGCACACCUCGCCCUGCAGGCCCGUGCUCAACAAGAACCCCCUGAUUGCACAGCUGGUGGACAAGGUGAGGACAAGAAUCACUGCCACCACCUCCUCCUCCUCCGCCUCCGCUGCUGUCCACAACUGCCAUCUUCCCUCGCACGUGAGAUGUGAGUUUUGCGCCGGUGUCAAAAUACUUCCUGGAGAAGAUGAUUACGCAGCGCUGCCGUGUUUGUCUGCGGAGUCUGUCCAUGUCGUGUGUGGUGGCAUGGUGGAAGACUCUGGCUCGGCGGCUGAUGCUUCCUGCUGUGUCCCUGUGGUGACCAGGCGAGGAGGCAGGUGUGAGGAGAUGGACGCUGUCAAGCAGCUGAGGGACAACAUCUGCUCCCACAGUGAGAAGCUCCUGGAGAUGUUUGGCCAUUCCCACCAACACCACCAACACCAGCAGCAGCAACAGUGUCUCUGCUACCUGUGUCCAGCAAAGAGGCACACAACCCGCAGAGAAGUCCAGUCAGCAACACGGACGCCCAAUAAGCAGAGGGGGUUGCAUGAACCUCAAAGACAAUUCCAGCAGAGAGUCCAGGAGAGGGAGAGGGAGGCCCAGGAGCUGAGGAGGGUUGUGGAGACUCUCAAGCACAGUGCCCAGGCAGCCGUGGGGGAGUGCGAGGGCAUGUUUGGGGGCCUCCUGCGCUCCAUGGAGAGGAGGGCUGAGGAGAAGGCCAAGCUGAAGCAGGCCCAGCAGCUCCUGAGGAGGAUGGAGGAGGAGAUCAGGGACCUGAGGAAGGAGGCCCGCCUGGGGCCGCUCUCACUAGCACACACCGACACACACCUGCACCAGAGUUCCCUGCAGCCUGAGUGCAAGGCCCUCGUAGGUGAAGGUGCUCCCAUCAUCAUGGUCAACCAGCACACUGCCUUCGAGGAGCUGAAGCAGUCGGUCACCGAACUGAAGGAGCGCCUGGAUGACUUCUUGAUUACAGUGCAGAGUGUUCUGCCGCCUGAACCUCAGACCAGAGAUGAAUUUUUACAAUACUCCCGGCCUCUCACCCUGGACCCCAACACGGUGCACCGGGAGCUGCUCCUGUCCGAGGGCAACCGCACGGUGACCCACUGCGACGAGUACCAGUCCUACCCUGCCCGGCCCGAGCGCUUCGACGGCUGGGAGCAGGUGCUGUGCAGGGAGGGCGCGGCGGGCCGCAGCUACUGGGAGGUGGAGUGGAGUGGGGAGGAGGUGUCCGUGGCCGUCUCCUACAGCCACAUCGGCCGCAAGGGCCACGGGCGCGAGUGCGGCCUGGGCUCCAACGAGCACUCCUGGAGCCUGGACUGCUCCAAGGCUGGGUACACGUUCAGGCACGACAGCCAGGAGACGGAGCUCCCUCUGGUGGUCGGUGGUGGCGGCGGCGGCGUCUCUAACAGGAUAGGGGUGUACGUGGACCACAGGGCAGGGACUCUGGCCUUCUACAGCAUCUCUGGCGCGGCGAUGACCCUGCUGCACAGAGUCCAGACCACGUUUGUGCACACGCUGUAUCCUGCGUUUUGGCUGGGGUUUAAUUUCCAUCACGGCCCUUCGUCAGUCAAACUGCUCUGAAACACAUCCUUAGGCACCUCCUGCAGAUGCUGCAACUGCUCUUAGUCUGACUAUUGUUGCGGUGCUUCCGUGAAAGAAUGCAAACAAAAUGGUGGAGGCUCUCUAUGUAGUAUACAGUACACUAUAUAGCUUCUGCCAUUUCUAUAUAAGCGAUGUAUGUCUCAAAUGGGGCACUAUGUUUCAGUGCUUAGGUCACUCACACUGAAAAUUCAGUGCACUGAAAGAGUAUGUUAUUUUUGUUGUCCAGAAUGUAUGCCUAACUGCCCAUUUACAAAUGCUAUAUUUUUAAUGAAUUUACCACCACCAUCAAUUUCUAAGUAUUCAAUAUGACUAUUAAAAUUACACUUUUUGUA